CGGAAAGCUAUAAAUUCAGAGGCCUUAAGUGCGUCAACUUGAGUUUCAACCGAUCAGUACUCAGCAAAACAUCAAUCUUAAAGAUGAAUUCUUCAUUGCAAAUAAGCUGCCUCCUGGUUGUCUUUGGAUGCCUUCUGGGAACUGGACUCUGCCAAACUGAUGCUGAAUUCACGGCCAAGGCCCGCCAAAUGAUCGCCAUAUUUGGCAACCCAUCGGUCGAUCAGUACACAAAGGGCCGCAACUUGCCGGCCCUGGUCGACUUCUACCAGAAGUACUCAAACCGUCUGCAAUUGACACCUCAAGAGCGAGCCAAUGCCAACAAUGUUGUAAGGAGGUACAGGAUGCAGCAAUCCCAGCAAGUCGAUGGGGUUUCGGCCCAGGGAGGAUUCUGGUUCCUAAUACCCCUCUUUGCCCCGGCCAUUGCGGAAAUUGUGAAGGCCAUCGCAACAGCUAUCAUUUAGAUUAUAAAGGCGCGGAUGCGGGAUAGGGAAAAUUUCGAUUUUGUCCCCCAAAAACACCAUACUUUCACACAAAUUCAUAGAAUUAAAAAAAUAUUUGCAUUAAAACUGCUACCUCUAAAUUGAUCUGAGAG